GGCACGCGGAAACUGUAAAGUCAAUUUUGAAAGCGCCAGUAGCUCUCCAAAGUAGCCGGGCUAAAACCACAAAUAGGCAUUAUUUUAUGUUGACAGCAGCGGGUUUCUGAGCAGAACUUUGGAUAUCAACUCAGAUAGCGUAUCCUGAAAAUACAGAAACCGAUCUGUCAUCCUCAGGAGAAAGUGAUGGCACAUAACGAGUCGUUGGUCGCUUUGAAUGGGACUCAAAUUUCCUACAUCGGACAUGACUGCAAGGACAUCCCAGACUUUCUUGGGGACACAUAUGGCCUGUUUGCAAGAAGAUUGGAUCUAAGCUUCAACCAGCUCAGGUCACUGGCGGGCCUCGAAAUGUUCACUGAGCUGGAAGAGCUGAUCGUUGACAACAAUCUGCUUGGAAAUGACCUCCUGUUGCCCAGGUUACCCAACCUCCACACCCUUACACUCAAUAAGAACCAACUGACUGAUAUCGAGGCCCUGCUGGAACACUUGGCUGAUGUGACCCCGUCACUGAAGUACCUAAGCCUGCUGGGAAAUGAGGCCUGCCCCAACCAGCUGGUCAGCCCGGAUAACGACGAGGACGACUACCAGAGAUACAGAUACUUUGUUCUGCACAAGUUACCCCAGCUGAAGUUCCUGGAUACCAGGAAAAUAACCAUAAAAGAGGGGAUGGAGGCGCAGGCAAGAGGAGCAUUCAUGAAAGUGGUCAAACCCAAGUCGGAAGCUCCACCAAAUGAAGGAGGAUCUGAGAGUCACCCUCUGCCCUACACUCCUCUACCCCAAGGAUCCAGAGAUGCCAACAACCACAGAGCGUGUCACCUUGUGUGCGAGCCCCAGAGCCCGGGUGCCAGAGGUAAUUACAGCGACUAG